AGGAAAAGCGCAUUUUGAAGAUCGCCGUUAAAUCCAAAAUAAUGAGACGAAUUCUGGAGCAGUAAGAACGGUCAGAAACAUCACACUACAGAGCGGGUUUAAUAUCUGAAUGCACAUCUUCCAGUCUGCUGUGAGAUUCACUUGGAGGUGAAGGUUGAUGCCCGCGAAAGAAGCAGAGGUUAUAUAAGCUGCGGUCGUCACGUGACGCGCACAGCCGGACUCUGAGUGGACAUCGCCUGACGGGAGAGCUUUCACGAGCAAAUACUGCAGUGUGCUGGAUGGAGAAACUGAGAAGUUUAUAAACAGAAGGCAUGGAAGAAGAGAGCAGGUCCUACAACAAAGAAAUUCUUCUUAAGGUGUGAAGUCAGUUUGUCAUCAUGGAGAACAGAGAGAGAUCUUCAUCUCCUGAUCACAGCUGUGUGUCUCUGAAGAGUGACAGAUCCUUGCCUCUUCCUCCUGAAUUCAGUAAUGAUCCAGUGACCUCUGACCCCAGGAGGAGGAAGAGGAAGAUAUCUUCAUCUCCUGAUCACAGCUGUGUGUCUCUGAAGAGUGACAGAUCCAUGCAGAUUCUUCCUCCUAAUUUCAGUGAUGAUCCAGUGACCUCUGACCCCAGGAGGAGGAAGAGGAAGAUAUCUUCAUCUCCUGAUCACAGCUGUGUGUCUCUGAAGAGUGACAGAUCCAUGCAGAUUCUUCCUCCUUAUAUCAGUGAUGAUCCAGUGACCUCUGACCCCAGGAUCUUCAGGACGAGGAAGAGAUCUUCAUCACCAGAUCACAGCUGUGUGUCUCUGAAGAGUGACAGAUCCAUGAAUCAUCCUUCUCCUGACCUCAGUGAAGAAGCAGUGACCGCUGACCCCAGCAGAGCAGAUGGAGAGCGAAGCAUCUUUGGAGCAGCCUCUGUCUUCUGUCUGAACAAAACGAGCGUUACAGCAUCUCUGAAUAAACAUGAUCAACCAGUGAAUGAUGAACUACAGAGAGUCAAAGACCAGCUCAAAACCAGCAUGAAGAACAAGUAUGAGAGAUUAUUUGAGGGACUGAACCUCCAGGAGAAUGAAAGCCUCCUGAACAGGAUCUACACACAGCUCUACAUCAUAGAGGGAGAGAGUGAAGGAGUGAAUGAAGAACAUGAGGUUUUACAGAUGGAGAAAACAGCCAGAACACAACACUCACAAGACACUCCAAUCUACUGCAAUGACAUCUUUAAAGCCUCAGCUGAACCAGGAUGUGAGGAGAAAGACCAGAUCAAGACUGUUCUUACUAAAGGCAUCGCUGGAAUCGGAAAAACCGUCUCUGUGCAGAAGUUCAUUCUGGACUGGGCCGAGGGAAAAGCCCAUCAGGACGUAGAUUUCAUGUUUGUGCUUCCAUUUCGAGAGCUGAACUUGAUCCGAGAUGAUCAGUACAGUCUUCACAGACUUCUGCUGAACUUUCAUCCUGAACUUCAAGAUCUGGACUCAAAGAUUUAUGAGGAGUGUAAAGUUGUGUUCAUCUUUGAUGGUCUGGAUGAAAGCAGAAUCACACUGAUGUUUUCAGACGAUCAGAAAGUUUGUGAUGUGACUGAGACUUCAUCAGUGGGCGUGUUGAUGUCAAAGCUCAUGAAAGGAGAGCUGCUUCCCUCUGCCCUCAUCUGGAUCACCUCCAGACCAGCAGCAGCCAAUCAGAUCCCCUCCAAAUACAUCAACCGUCUGACAGAAAUUCAGGGAUUCACUGAGCCUCAGAAGGAGGAAUAUUUCAGGAAGAGAAUCAGUGACUGGCGUCAAGCCAGCAGAAUCAUCUCACACAUCAGAAGAGCAAGAAGCCUCCACAUCAUGUGCCACAUCCCCGUCUUCUGCUGGAUCUCAUCCACUGUGCUUCAGAAGCUCCUGGAAGAAGAUCUGAGUGCAGAAAUCCCUCAAACUCUGACUGAAAUGUACAUCCACUUCCUGCUGAUUCAAAUCAACAUGAGGAACCAGAAGUAUGAAGAGAGAGAUCCAGAGAAACUCCUGCAGUCCAACAGAGAAGUGAUUGUGAAACUUGCUGAAGUGGCUUUCAAACAGCUGAUGAAGGGCAAUGUGAUGUUCUAUGAGGAGGACCUGAUUGAGAGCGGCAUAGACGUCACUGACGCCUCAGUGUAUUCUGGGAUUUGCACUGAGAUCUUUAAGGAGGAAUCUGUGAUUCUUCAGAGGAAAAUCUACAGCUUCAUUCAUCUGAGCGUUCAGGAGUUUCUCGCUGCUUUCUAUGUUAUUUAUUGCUAUUUAAUGAAGAACAUGGAGCCACUGCAUGAAUUCAGUUCUUACAGAUUUAAGAAUGAAUAUGGAUUUGGAUGUGGUAUAUCUGGUAAAGUCUCUCUGUAUAACAUACUAACAUCAGCAGUAGGUAAAGCUCUUGAGAGUAAGAAUGGACGUCUGGAUCUGUUCCUGCGGUUCCUGCUGGGCAUCUCACUGGAGUCCAAUCAGAAACUCUUACAGGAUCUAUUGACACACACAGAGAACAGCUCAGAGAGCAUCAGAGAAACCACACUGUACAUUAAAGAGAAGAUCAAGGGUAGUCAUCUCUCAGCUGGUCAAUCCAUCAAUCUGUUGCUCUGUCUGCUGGAAGUGAAAGAUCAGACUCUGUUCAGAGAGAUUCAGGAGUUUGUGAAAUCAGACAAACGCUCAGAGACACUCUCUCCUGCUCGCUGCUCAACAAUCUCCUACAUGCUUCAGAUGUCAGAGGAGCCGCUGGAGGAGCUGAACCCCAUGAAGUACAACACAUCAGCUGAGGGCAGAAGAAGACUGAUACCAGCUGUGAUCAACUGCAGAAAAGCUAUAUUUGCUGGCUGUUAUCUCUCAGAUCAGCAUUGUGAAAUUGUGUCUUCAGCUCUUCAAUCCUCAAACUGUGUCCUGAGAGAGCUGGAUCUGAGUAAAAAUAACCUGCAGGACUCUGGUGUAAAGUUUAUUUCUGAUGGACUGAAGAAUCCAAACUGUCAGCUGCAGAUACUGAGUCUUGCUGUCUGUAAUCUGACUGCUCAGUGUUGUGAGGGUUUGUCUUCAGCUCUACAAUCCUCAAACUGUGUCCUGAGAGAGCUGGAUCUGAGUAACAAUGACCUGCAGGACUCUGGUGUAAAGUUUAUUUCUGAUGGACUGAAGAGUACAAACUGUCAGCUGCAGAUACUGAGGUUGUCUGGCUGUAUGGUGUCAGAGGAAGGCUGUGGUUAUUUGUCUUCAGCUCUGAGUUCAAACCCCUCAAACCUGAGAGAGCUGGAUCUGAGCUACAAUCACCCAGGACAAUCAAGAGUCCAGCUGCUCAAACACAAACUGAAGGAUCCAAACUAUAAACUGCAGAUACUCAAUGUGGAUCAUGGAGGAGAGAUCAUGAUGACAGCAGGACUGAGAAAGUGGGCCUGUGAUCUCACACUGGAUCCAAACACAGCAAACACUGAACUCAAGCUGUCUGAUGAGAACAGGAGGAUCACACAUGUGUUUGAGCGUCAGCCGUAUCCUGAUCAUCCAGAGAGAUUUGAGUGUCGUCAGGUUCUGUGCAGAGAGAUUCUGACUGGACGCUGUUACUGGGAGACUGAACGGAGCGGAAAUAAUGCUGUAAUAUCAGUGUCAUAUAAAGGAAUCAACAGGAAAGGAGGAUGGAGUGAUGACUGUUUGUUUGGCUGGAAUGACAAAUCCUGGAGUCUGGACUGCUCUAAUAACAGAUUCACUGUCCGUCACAAUAAUAACAUCACUGUUAUACCUGCUGACCGUUCAUCCUCUAAUAGAGUAGGAGUGUAUGUGGACGUGUCGACCGGCUCUCUGUCCUUCUACAGUGUCUCUGACACACACACACUCACACACUUAUACUCACACACACGCUUACACACAUUCAACACCACAUUCACUGAACCCCUCUACGCUGGAUUCAGGGUUGAUUCUGGUUCUUCAGUGUCUCUGUGUGAUAUUAAACGAUAGAGAGACUCUCUGUAAAUCUUUCUGAUGUUCACAUGCACACAAACUCAUCAAAUCCCACAUCAUUUAAAUUUAUACUAAUUCAUAAUUAAGCGUAGUUUAUAGUUGUCAUUUUCCUUUUGUAAGUAUUUUUCUAGAUGUUACCCAUGUUUUAUUUCUCAAUGACAUGCAGGCAAACAACCAAAUAAAGUUUACAAACUUCAGUCAGUCACACGAAACGAAGAAUGGAAAGAUAAAGAGCUAACGCAUGGGAUUAAUUGCUGUAGAUUAUCCUUUUCUCCCUUUUAUGACAUUAUGUCUUGUAAGAGGCAAAAUAUUGAGGCCCCUUUAUCCAGUUUGGAUGGGUUUCAUUCUAAUUGGUCACGGACCCUAAUUCUUUUUAUGACUAGUAGCUUAUGAUUCCAUUAUAAUGUUGAAAUUCAGACAAGUAAUGAGUUUACAUUUGCAUUAUUAUAUGAAAUCAUCUACUACAGUCAGCCAUUGAAUACUAUGGGCCUAAAAGAAUGCGUCAUUUUCUUUCAGGUAUACUUUUUUUAUUAUAUAGAUGUAAUAUUUUCUUCAUUCUAUUUAUUUUUAGUUAUUUAUUUUCAUUUAACUAACACACCUCUAAGAAUGAAAAUACCUACAUGUUCAAUAAUAAGUAAAUAAAUAUACGAACAAUCAUGGGUGUAGCUUACACAUGAUAAUUAUUUAAAUAAGAAUAUAUUUUAAAAGGAAUAUUAUUAAUUUCAUGAAUAUCAAUGACUUUUCUCAGGGUUAAUCCAUUUGACCUAAUCAAUAUGUGCCUAUUCAUAAAAUAUGUGAUAUUUUACAUAUUUACAUCACAAAGUACAGCAUGCAAACAGAGGCGGACAAUCCAGGGUCAGAAAGUAAAAGUCCUGCCAUAUGUUUAUUCCACCCAUGAACUCAGCAGCUGAUUUCACCAGAGGAGGAACCACGUCAUUCCUUUCAAGUCAGAAACGAGUCUCAAGUCAAAUCCCAAGUCCUCAAAGAGUUAAAGUUAAUGAGAUAAUUACGUGACUCAUUAAAUGAUGAUUGUGCAUUAGUGAUGAACACCUGCUGUUAUUGAGAAUUACAGAGGAUCAGAUGUUGAUGUUUUAUUGGUUAAAAUGAUGCCACCAUCAUGGAGAUCAGUGUUUGCUUUAGUUAUUACAAGCUUUUACAUGUUUUAACUAGGACUGUCAAAUCGAUUAAAUUUUUUAAUCAAAUUAAUAACAUGAUAUUAGAGCCCAUGAGCUUGUGGGCAGCACUGCAGCUUAGUGACCAAAGUUUGAGUCUGGAAAUCCUCUCCGGACUCCAUUCUGCACUUCUUCUCCUACCGCUGCCUGUUUCUGCUUAACUGUCCUGUUAUAAUAAAGGCAACAGGCAUUUACGCAUGGUGUAGAAUAACUGAAUUCAUUUUAAAUCCUGUUUUUUAAGUGAUUGUGGUGAAUGUACAGCUCUUUAUGACAACGGUGUGCUUUGACAUGGUGGAGCGACAGGUUCUUCAGGGCUGUCUGAUGCUCUGUGAAGCUGAAUGCUAUGAUUUGUGUUGUUAAAUUCAUAGUUAGUGCUCACUGAAACUGUCUGAUAUUGUUUUAUUGAUUAUCAUGUGGAUAUUUAAUUUCCCUAUUAUUCUUGUGAUUCACCUGCGGACUCAGCUCUGCCUUAAACACAUCUCUGUAUGUGUCUCCUUCACUUACACCGAGUUUCUGAGCACACUGAUUGUGUUUGUGUUUGUGUAGCUUGAGCUAAUCGUCAUAUGCUCAGAGCUUUGGCUCAGGCAGGCGGAGGAACAUAAAAACACUUGGACAGAGAAGGUGAAUCACACUCUUGAUUAUAUUGUGAGUAAAAAGGAAGCAUUAUCUUUGCGCUAUGGGCCAGUCUGAGGCUUGAGUAGAGGAGAUUUGUGGGUAAUUUGAGGUUCAGCGUAUGGAGUCUCCAGACUGCAGAUCAGUGUUAGCAGUUUAAUCCCAGAGCGCCGCCUCCUCACAGCUUCACGCUCUCUUCAGUGACUGUCACUCUCUCGAAUACACACUUGUGCCACACUGCACUCAGAUAGACAGGCUUUACUUUAAAACUGUGUUCAUACUUAUGAUAGUUGUUAUUAGGAAUGGGUCUUAUAUUGAAUAUUCACAAUAAAAUCUGGCAAAAUCAUGAAUGUGGUGGAUUAUUUUAGUGUUUCUUCAGUGUUAGCACAGUUAAAGUUGGUAUGUUUUACAUUUUUCUGAAUCGGUUCAUACUGUUUCAGUGAAAUGAUUCAAAACUCUGAAUCAAUGAUUCAUUUGGAUAAUCACUGAAAAAUAUUGAUGUAUGUUGAUGUAUCAAGAAUGUAUUGUUUUAGUAAAAAUAUAUGUUCUGUAGGUAAAUACUGAUAUUUUGUACAGAUCACUUUUAUAUUUGUGCCAGUGGCAUGCAGUGGUGUUAGGAAUAUUUUUUAAUGGAAAAUCA